AAUCGAAGUUUGACUGUAGCAUUCGGAGGGAAUAAUUCGUUAAAUAAUUUUCGAUUUUCGUCAUUAAUUAGCGCACGUAAUCAUAAUAAAACAUAUUGAAUGCCCACAAUUAACAAAAUUUAACUUAAUAAAAUUGAUAAAAGUUGUGUGCAAGUGAAAAUAAAAGAAUCAUGUCGGAUGAUUCCAAAAACAAAGAAGACUCUUUCGAGUCUAGCAGCGAUAGCGAUGAUCCAUCAUUUGGGCCCGCCACUUUAGGUCUCCAUCGAGUUGGAACUGAACCACCGAAACGUAAACGAACAACUCCCUUGCAAAAAUUAAAUGCUCGUGGGCGACCAGCAAGAAUUCGUAAGAAGAAUUCAAAGUAUGAUGAUGAACUUGAAGAAGGAAAAUCACCAGUAAAAGGUUCACCUUCAAAGAAAGCAGCUCCUAAAACUCCUACAACUUCAGCUAAAUCUUCACCAGUAAAGUCUGUAAAAAAACGCUUAAAUCUGAAGAAGGAGAAAGAUACAGACGAUGAAUCAGAUGCAGAUGAAGAAGAAGAAGAAAUGGAGGAAAGUGAAUCUGUAUCUGGAAGAAGUUCUCAACCUGCAAAAAUAAUAAAGAAGGAACGAAAAAAGAGAAUGACGAGACAAUCAACAAUUACUGAGUCGAUGCAUAUGACAAUAAUCGACAAGAAACUUUGCCAACGUGUUGGGCUACGUUUACGUAAUAUAUUGAAACUCCCAAAGGCGCAUAAGUUUGUUAUGUAUGAAUUCUUCUACAGUAGCAUAGAUAAAUCCGUCUUCCUUGGGACUAAUGACUUUGAGCUUUGUCUCAUGGAAACCUUUCCUCGUCUUAAAACUCGCAUGAUGACAAGAAUUGAAUGGAAUAAAAUUCGUCGAACAUUUGGGAAACCUCGAAGAUGCUCAUCAAAAUUUUUUGAAGAAGAACGAAUGGAAUUGGAAAGAAAACGACAAAAAAUUCGCUUGUUACAAUCACGUAAAACUGGGGAUCAUUCAUUUGUAUGCGAUUUACCACAUGAAAUUCCUAUUCCAUUUACCAUUGGCACAAAAGUUACGGCACGCUUGCGAACACCUCAAGAUGGUCUCUUUACUGGAACAGUUGAAGCACUUGUACACAAAAGUCACUCAUAUCGCAUAGCAUUUGAACGUCAAGGAAUUGGAUCACAAGAAAUUCCCGAUUAUGAAGUGAUGUCAAGUGAAAAUAUUGAAGCAAUUAAUUUGAGUAAAAUAACAAAAGAAUUUUUAUCGCGUCCUGAUAUUUCAUAUUACAUGGUUUCACCACUUAAGCCAGCUGGUGCUUUUGCUUCACUUCAAAUGAAUGGCUCAAAUUUUCGUCGUAGUGAUCCAAUGUUAUCAUCAAGUGGCGUUAUUGGUAGUGCAGUAAAAUUAGAAGGAUAUUCAAAGCCAAAGUUUCCUACUUUGGUGCUACCAACAACAGGAUCUAUUGGUGGAUAUCCAGUUAAACUUCUUGAAGCAAUGGUAUUGGUGAGGAAGACAUUGGAAGUGAAACAAUUACAACUCCUUAAGAUUCGUCGAAUGAAUGUUGAAGCUGAAGUUGUUAAGAGCUUUGGGGAUAACGCUCCUGAGGACUUUCAAAAAAAAUAUGCAGCACUUCUUGUUGAAAUGGAAAGAAUUAAUCGCGAUUUAGCUGAUUACAUGAACAUCUUACAAGCUCAAGCUGAUUUGUUUAUAGCUGAUAAAGAUGAACUUCAAGUUCUCACCCCAACAUAUCUUCGUGAAAAAUGUCGCGAUCUCGCAAUGCAAACAUUUGUGAAGAAUAAUAAUAAUGCAAUUCAAGAUGAUUCGAUGACAAAAUUGAUUGGAAAUUUGGCAACAAUUAUGUGGGUGACAUCAAACUUGAAGAAUGAUCAAUAUUCGAAUGUUGAAGAAGUCCUUUCAACAUGUUUAAUUGAGACAAGCAAAACUCUUGAUCCUGAAAAUGUUUCUUUGUUUGAGAAGACCGUGGAAAGUCAUAUUCAUCAAAUUCAAAUUGGUAUUUUUGAUGAUAGUAUCAGUCAGCAAGCUCAGGAGAUUGAAAUUCUUGAUGAAGACUAUGUUCUCGGUGUUUAGAGCCUCUUUUUCCAUUUCAUUUCUUUGUAGAAUUUUCAAUGAACAUUUAUUUUUAUUUCUCCCUUAAAUAUUCACAUUUCUGCUUUUUUCCUUCUAAUUCAUGAUCAUUAAAAAACAAAUUUCUCUCAUGGUUCAUUCAUAAUUAUAAAUAAAGAAAUAAAAAUAUAAAAUUUAUUCGAAAUUCCAUUCAAAAUUGUUGAUCAGAUUUUCAUGAAUGC